GACUUCCGGAAUAAACAAGGCGAUGAUUAGCAUUACGAGUGAACUCGAAGUCCUGAACUGCAUUGUUGUUGUUUUUGCUGAUUUAGGUAAAUUGCUUAUGUCUUAAUUUUGACUUUAUUGAAGCUACUUGGGUUCUGUUAAGGAUCCAUCACCGGAAGUGUUCGUUCACUAGCCAGCGGACAAGUAUUUGUGGGUCUAAUGCUAACGCUAGGUAGCAUUUAGCUCAGGCUCCUGACGUGACAAGUCUGAUUAAUAUUUUCGUGAUAUUAUAAUCAAAUGGAUUUUUUUAAAAGGCUUACUUGGACUAGGAGUAUUAUAACAACAUUUGUUUUUUUCUAAAACUGAAGGAAAAAAACCGGAUGCUAGUCGCUCGUAAUGGCUUCUUUAGGUUUCAUUCCUGCCAGUAAGCCUGAUGCUUUUAGUAUUCGACCAGGCCAUUCUGGGUCUAAAUUAAACUGCAAACUUAGCGGAGAAGAGGCCAGGCAGUUCUAUGAAGAUUUGAUGAAAGACAACAAAGUGCAAGGUAAAUCAAGAAGAUUAAAUAAAGCUAAAGGCAGAGAGCGUCGGGUCAGAGCUGUACAAGAACAGCAGCAGCUUCAAAGAGGACGUGCUGUUGAAAAUGAUGGACACCAGAGCAGAGAGGUGAACAUGUCAGAAAGGUCCAUGGAGCUGCUGGGCCUCAAGUUGCUGCGUUGUGCUCAUGAGGGGGACAUCUCUGAACUCAAAGAGCUGCUGUCUAAAGGGGUCGACAUAAACUUCCAGGAUACAUUUCUUUGGACAGCUGUGAUGUGUGCCAGCUGGUCAGGACAAAGGGCUGCUGUCAGGCUGCUGCUGGAUCAUGGUGCAGCCUGGGUUGGAGUGGUGGACGCACAGGGCAGGGAUGCACAGGACCUGGCGCUGGAAGGUGGCCAUAAAGAAGUGUUGGAAGAAUUGUUGAACUAUGGCAGAAUUCAACAAGCAGAGGAGCAGUCUGACUGCAGUGCUCUACAGCCCCAGUGGUGCGAUGUGUGUUGCAACGAGUACAGCAGCAGCCACUCGGCACAUUGCUCCUCUACUCUGCAUCAGUUCAGUUCGCAGCAUCCUCCACCCACCCCCUACUACUGCCUCCCCCCCUCCAGCAACAGCUACAAGAUGAUGGUUCGUUUCGGCUGGAAACCAGGCGAAGGACUCGGGCCAGAUGGAGAGGGCUCUAAACAACCAGUGGCUACCGUGUUAAAAAGAGACCAGCAAGGUCUGGGGUUUGGGCACUUGAAACGAGCUAAAGUUACGCACUUCCCAGCUGGGGAUCGUAACGCUGUAAAACUACAGCGGGGGGAGAAAGGACAGAGAAAAGAAGAAGCUAGGAGACAAGAACAAAAAGACAAGAACUGGGAAAGAGAUUUCCGGACUUCGUUUUAUCUGUAACAACUGUUCACGGGGCCUCAAGCUGAAAAUAUCUGAAGCAUUAAAAUAACUGAGCAAAAA